AUGUCUCACAACGUCACCCUUUUUACCCCGCCGCCGUUGGAUCCCUCCAAGGCGCGUAUCGAAAAUGUUCUAGAAUUGACCCCCGUCCUCGACAUUGGCCCGGAUGUCUUCACCAACACCCGUCCUCUCUGGCAUCCUCCCGGAGCGCGAGGCAUCUACGGCGGCGCCGCGAUCGCGCAGUCCCUCUCGGCCGCCAUGCUAACCGUCCCCGACGACUUCGCCGUCCACAGCAUGCACUGCUACUUCGUUUUGGCCGGUGACUCGGAAAUCCCCAUUCUCUAUCACGUCGAGCGGGUGCGCGAUGGUCGGAGCUUCAUUACACGGACGGUGCAGGCAAGACAGCGGGGCCGGCCCAUCUUCACCACCACGCUGAGCUUCAGCAGGGCCAACAGUGGCGGCAAGAAGAAGAUCGAGCAUGCAUCGCGGAAACCGGAGGUGUCGUUACCUAAUGACCCUUCUCCUGGUUCGACGCGGCCUUUUGAUGAUGAUAUCGCGGGGCCGUUUGAGUCGAGGAAGGCGGGUGUUGUGAAUAACUUAUCUCCUUACCCCGAGGACAAGCGACUCAGACGCUUCUUCCGCGUGCGAGGAAAGAUUUCUAAUGCCGGGGGCCACCAGGCGCAUCUUUCGGCUCUUGCUUAUAUCACAGAUAGUCAUUUCAUCGGGACGGUGUCGCGGGUCAGCAAUAUCCCGCGAUUCACCUCGACCGCAGAGCUUCAGAAGGCACUGAAUGCGCUCAAGAACCCAUCUGAUCUCGACGAUGAGGAUAUUGCGCGAGCUCUCAAGGAGCUAAAGGAGGAGGAAGCGGUUGAGCUACGCCGUCGUCUGGAGGGGGCAUUGAGCAAGGCUGCUGUUGAGGAGAAGAAGGAAGACCGCAGAGAGGUCGGCAUGAUGGUCAGUCUUGAUCAUUCUAUCCACUUUCACAACCCGUGGGCUUUCCGGGCCGAUGACUGGAUGCUCAGCGAGAUGGAGAGUCCAUGGGCUGGUGAGGGAAGAGGAUUGUCGAUUCAGAAGAUCUGGUCUAGCGAUGGGGUUUUGAUUGCCACAUGCAUGCAAGAGGGUGUUGUACGAUUAAAGCAGGACGAACCACCUCGUUCGAAGAUAUAG